AUGGUGGACGCACCCAAGGGCCCUUUUAAGCUUGUCACUGUCAACACUGCUCCUGAACGGGCGAAGAGGUUGAUCGGCCGCUUGGCCGAAACUCUCAAGGACCGCUACACAAUUAUUCAUAUUGACAACGCCGAGAAAAUUGAAGAAGUCGAGCCCAAAGUCAAGGAGCACCAACCCGACGUCCUGUUCUGUGCCUCAAUGUGGACUGCAGAAGAAGCAAAAGGAAUCAUCGAAACAGCCAAGAGACUUCGUCCUGGCAUCAAGACACACGCCAUCCCUCAUGGAUUGCAGGUAGAGCGGGGUCCUGAUGCGAUUGUCGAGUACUUGGUGGAGAAUGUGCCGAAGCUGUUGGAUGCGCCGGUUGAGGAAGCCCUAGCGCGCGAUCUUAACCGUGACAUUUACGUUGUGGAUCUUAUUGACAUACCUGACUACAAGGACCUCCGAAACCAUGGUGACUCCCCCCAUGCUCCAGAACACACCUACAGCCAUCUCGCGGAGGAUGUAGACGAGUUCAUCAAAGAACAUAACCUGGGAAAAACUGUUCUCAUCGGGCAUUCAAUGGGCGCCAAAGUCGCAAUGGUCCUAGCUUUACAAUCACCCGAGACCACCGCUGGUGUGAUUCCCGUCGACAACGCGCCUGUAAAUGCCCGAUUAGGAUCGCCCUUCCAGGAUUACAUCAACGGCAUGAAAGAAAUAUCUGCAAAUCACGUUACGAAGCAGAGUGAAGCCGAUCAAAUAUUGUCAAAAUACGAACCUUCCCUCCCAAUCCGACAAUUCCUCCUCACAAAUUUAGUCCGUGACCCCGAAAGCGACAAGAAGACCCUCAAAUUCCGCGUUCCAUUAGACAUUUUGGGUUCCGCAUUGCAGGAAAUGGCAAACUUCCCUUUUGAGGCUGGUAUUGAUGCUGAUGUUGCUGAAAAUGGCAAUGACAAUGAUCUGCCCACAUACUCCGGUCCAACACUGUUUGUUCGUGGUCUUCAGUCCAGAUAUAUUAGUGACAGGAAGUUACCUGCGUGCAAGAAGUUCUUCCCCAAUGCACAAAUUGUGGGUAUUGAUGCUGGACAUUGGGUUAUUUCUGAGAAGCCGGAGGAGUUCAGGCAGGCUGUGCUCAAAUUCUUCCGAGAGAGCGACGUUGAGUGA